AGUGGCAUCAGUGACCAAGGCCUGUAAUUGGAACGCGCCUAUGUCUCUCACAAGCACAGCGGAGCAACUUUCUGAUGAAGAAUUACGAAAGUGGUUGAAACCGAACGUAACGGAAGAAGAUGCCUUGAAAGUGCUGGACGCCUCUUACGUUCCUUCCUCCGGCAGCCAGCACCGGCGGAUACUGAAACAGCUCGAUAGUUACGACGACGCCAAUUUCUGGGUCGAAAUAAACAACGUACAGUAUCUUCUCAAGUUUCACAAUGGGGUGGAAUCCCAAGACUAUUUGCGAUCCCUGGAGGGGGCUGCUGGGGAUUACCACAGGCAUGGUCACCAAUCUUCUGUCAUUCACUGGCAAACCACUUUGAUGGAAAUUUUGAAUCAAGAAGGAAUACGCGCUUCGAUACCCAGACCCCCACUAUCGGAAUCGUACAUCGACACUGAUGACCAUGAAGACGAAUCAAGUCUCCAAACCGGUGUUGGAAAAUGGCCGGACAAGAAUCUUGUCCAGGUGUGUGUGCAUGAACUACCGGUAGUGUCUAGUGAACGUUCGCCGUGCAAUCUUGUUGUGCGACUGUUGACGUGGACUUCGGGUAGGCCGCUGAGCGCACUGCGAGCUUUUCCCGUGGAGACCCUUGCCGAAGCUGGUCGACUUUUGGGACGUAUCAAUCGCGCCUUUGACAAACUGACACUAGUGGAUUCGGCUACGAAGACCGUCUCGGAUGCUUUCCAUCGGUACGAUACUUCCGUGUUGAUCCCCGGGAAAAGGUAUCAUCAAUGGGAUGGCAAACACACGGCCGACUUGGAAUCCUUUGUGCAGCAUAUUCCGGAUCAGAAACGUAGAAGCCUCGUAGAGUCAGUUCUGGAUGCCUUCCAGCGAGAUAUCCUGGAUACUGGCAUCGACAAGAAGUUUCGGACGGGGGCCUUACAUGGGGAUUUUAAUGACGCCAACAUUUUGGUAGACGAAGAUCUAAAUGCUACGGGUGUAAUUGAUUUUGGAGAUUCCAUAAUAAGCUUCUCAGUUGGUGAGAAUGAUUGUGACGACGGCAUUCAAACACCAUAUCUGAUACUGUCCUUUCUUUGUAUGAUUCGUCAAAGCUGGCGAGUAUUGGAUAUUUCCGUAGCUAUGGCGUAUGCGACAUUGUCUGUGUACGGUAAAUCUAAGCGUAUGAUUUCUGCCGCGGCUGCUAUUCUUCGCGGUUACAAUGCAGUUUAUCCUUUGACCGAAUUGGAACGCAAGCAUUUGGUGCUACUAAUGUGCUGCCGGCUCGCUUGCUCCGUAACACUCGGGGCGUUCUCGUUUCAACAGAAUCCUGAGAACAAGUACUUGCUGCUUCAUUCCGAGCCAGCAUGGGAAGCUCUCGAAUUGCUUUGGUGCUCCGAUCCGGGCCGGCGGUUUGAAAUAUCCAAUGCGGCAAACAGUCUUUUUUCUCAAGCUUGUCUUUACAAGGAUUCUCUACAGGGCGUGGUGGAUUGCUCCGAUAUUGAUCUUCCUGAUCCAACGGUCCCUGAUUAUUUCUCGUCAGUUCGUGCUCUCCCGAUGCCAACAGGGCAUCGACAAGCCAGCAAGGAUGACGUAAACGACUGAGAUUGACAUCAUAGCCUUUGUGACAGAAAUCGUAACGAAACUCGACGCGAGAAAAAAAUACUGACAGUGAAGACAUACUGUUUCGCAGUAAAAUAGACCCUGUCUCAAGUUAAAGGAGGUCAUCUAUCAAUUACAAGAGAAAGGCCUGCUGUUCGUGAAACAAAUCCGAGCAGCUGUCACAAUCGGAGAUAGCGCUUUUCCUUCAACGCAUUUGACGGUUUACCAUGACCAUACAUAAAGGGGUUUCUAGAGCCAUAUGGGCAUGGCGGUCUGAACCGAACGAUGAAAUCUUUUUGUGACAGGAGUGCGAAUGCUCAGGUCGUUGUUGUGAACCUGUCACCUUUGAAGGGCAAAAGGUAGGUGAUAUUGCUGAACGAGGACAUCUAGAUUUUUACUGGGAUUCAAUCUUUUUAGGGUUAUUUCUAUGGUGAAAUGGAGAAGAAAACCGUGGUUUACAUCGGAGCCGAGUAUUAGGCAGUUAAGGGCUUUCAAGUUUUUUAACUGUAAGAUUUGCUGGAGCUUUGGCAGACGUGAAUACCGUGUGGUAGGUUGUAACUUCUAGUAACGUUUACAUUCGUCUACGA